AUGGCGUUUGGCGAAAUCGUGGGCACGUCGUUGGAGGUCCCACGAGUGACGUCGACGCUGCGAGUGCUGGUGCGAGAUGGUGGGCGUCCGUUCGACGUGGAUCAGCAGCUGCUACAGCGAAAACAGGCUCUCUCGCUGCGAAGCUCGGCUGGCGCCAUGUCAGCAGAAGCAGGCCACGUGGCACCAGCAGUGGGUGCCACGACACUGGCGCAGCGACUGGUUCCUGAGUGGGAGAAAGCUCCCGCUAGUGUUCGAGAGGCGUACGAGUCGUUCCUAGUGGCCGUCCAAUCGCUGCUCGCCACGGAGGUCUCUUCUGCCGACCUGCACGAGGCAGCAGGGGCGGCGUUUGACUGCAUUGACCGCCAGCUCAGAGCAAGGCGGGAGAAGCAGGCAGGGGAAGAGGCUGCAGGAGAGGAGGGAGGCCAUUCGGAUGGUCUUGCCGGGGCCUUGAGCGAGGCCGAUUCGCUCUCAGAUGCUGAUUUGGGCAGCAUAAGAUCUGCUCUCUCUGACCUCCUCGGUCUUGUCUCCUCCGACCUUCCCCUCAUCCGCCGAGCAGCCUCUCUUUUCCUCCAGCUGCUCGCCUGGCAGCGCACCCACCGCUCCCAACCGCACCACCAGCACCAGCACCGCUCUGCACCGCACCAAGAACCUUCAGACUCCUUCAUGUUCGGUGCGGACGUGCCCUUCCAGGUGCCUGGUGCUGGCCUAGAUGGUAACCAGCUGCUACAGCAGUUCUGGGAGGAGGCCAGGGCCCGGACUCAGGCACAGGCUCAGGUGGAUUCUCAGGUGGAAUUCCAGGUGCCAGCCCAGGUGCAGGCCCAGGUGCCAGAGCACCGUUUCACACAUGAAACGCCUGUUACAGGUGCUUCUCCUGACGCCUCUGGUGGUGCGUAUAGCUCUGCGGAUGGUGCUGGUGGUGGUGAUGUUGGUGGGAGUAAGGAGGGGGAGGAGGGCCCACGGGACCUGAGGUGGCUGCACCAGUCGUGUGUGGAGGCGGCUCAGUGGGGGGGAGGGGCGCAGCUGACUGCUGACGAGCUGUCUCUGGCUGUGCUCAAGCUCAUGCAAUCCCCGGGGUCUGGAGAUGAGGUGGCAGGUGAGCUGUUCAACCUGGUGGGCGAUCAAGGCUUCGAGUUCAUCCAGCAACUACUGCAGAUGUUGCCACAUGCCGCACCGCCGCACCUCGCUACGCCGCACCGCGCUGCGCUACGGUCACCGUGCACACCGACUCUGAGGAGCAGCUGGAGAAAGCUGGAAACACCCAGCACCUCUGUAUCUUCCCUUCUCAUCCCCCUUCUCCCCUUCCGCCCCCACUCCCCCCCCCCCCCCCACCUCGUCACUGCUCCCUUCUUCCACCAGCAUCGCAAGGUGCUGGUGUCUGCGGCUCAGUCGGCGCUCUCAGCUUUAAAAGAAGCAGUCGAGGCGGAUGCAGCAAGCAGCGGCACCAGCAACAGCCACAUGCGGCACGGCGCGACAGUCACCGUGCAGACCGAGUCAGAGAAACAGCUGGAGAAGCUCCGAAAGAAAGAGGACAAGAAAAUUGCUCGUGCCGCCGCGAAAACUGGAGGAGGCGGGGGAGUGGGGGGAGGAGCGGGGAGAGGGGGGGUAGAGGGGGAGCUAGCAUGGUUGCUAGGCGCAGGGGGGUUUUCAGCACUGGUGGAGGCUGGGGAGAAUAAAGUCGGAGGGGUGAUUGAUGCUCUGAUUGGUACAGGGGAUGAUGCUGUACCUGUGAGGGCGCUGCCUGUGGGGACCAAGAGGAAGGCUUAUAAGGGGUAUGAGGAGGUGCAUGUGCCGCCGGCUGUGGCGGAGGGGGGCGCGGGGAGGGCACAGGAGAAGCUGGUGAGGGUGGGGGAGAUGGAGCCGUUCGCUCAGAAGGCGUUUGAGGGGUUUCAGACUCUCAACCGUAUUCAGAGCCGCAUCUACCAGCGUGCUUUCUACUCCAAUGAGAAUCUUCUGGUGUGUGCGCCAACCGGAGCAGGCAAGACCAACAUUGCGAUGAUCACAGUUCUGCAUGAGGUCGGAGCCAAUUUCAAGAACGGGGUGCUGCAGAAGAAUGACUUCAAGAUCGUUUAUGUGGCUCCCAUGAAGGCGCUAGCAGCAGAGAUGGCAGCAGCGUUUGGGAGGCGGCUGGCCCCUCUGGGGCUGGCGGUGCGAGAGCUGACUGGCGACAUGCAGCUGACCAAGAGGGAGAUGGAAGAGACGCAGAUGAUCGUGACGACACCCGAGAAGUGGGAUGUGAUCACGAGAAAGAGCUCAGAUGUGUCGAUGGCGUCGCUGGUGCGCCUACUGGUGAUCGACGAGGUGCAUCUGUUGAAUGACGACCGAGGACCCGUGAUUGAGACCCUGGUGGCGCGCACCUUGAGACAGGUGGAAAGCUCGCAGAGCAUGAUUCGCAUCGUGGGCCUCUCGGCAACGCUGCCCAACUACACAGAGGUGGCACAAUUCCUGCGGGUCAACCUCGACACGGGUCUAUUCUAUUUCGACGCCUCCUACCGCCCCGUGCCGCUCUCCCAGCAGUACAUCGGCGUCUCCGAACCCAACUUCGCCCGCCGCAACACCCUCAUGCACGAGAUUGCGUAUGAGAAGGCAAUGAAUGCGGUGAAGAAUGGGAAGCAGGCGAUGGUGUUUGUGCAUUCCAGGAAGGACACCGUUAAGACUGCGAGGAUACUGAUGGAAACGGCGCAGAGGAACGGAGAGUCGGAGCUGUUCAACCCGCAGGAGCAGCCACAGUACAAACUCAUGGAGAAGGAUGUGAUGAGGUCGCGCAACAGGGAGAUGGGGGAGCUCUUCCAGGCGGGCUUCGGCAUCCACCAUGCCGGCAUGCUGCGCCCCGACCGCUCUCUCACAGAGAAGCUCUUCAGCAUGGGGCUCAUCAAGGUGCUUGUGUGCACAGCCACGUUGGCAUGGGGAGUUAACCUGCCGGCCCACACUGUCAUUAUCAAGGGCACUCAACUGUACGAUGCCAAGGUUGGCGGUUUCCGGGAGCUGGGGAUGCUCGAUGUGAUGCAGAUCUUCGGUCGAGCAGGGCGGCCGCAGUUUGACUCAAGUGGGGAGGGCAUCAUCAUCACGGCCCACAACCAGCUUGCACACUACCUCCGCCUCAUGACCCACCAACUGCCCAUCGAGUCGCAGUUCGUGGCGAUGCUGAAGGACAAUCUGAACGCGGAGGUGGUGCUGGGGACAGUGACUAACGUAAAGGAGGCGUCGGCCUGGCUGGGGUACACGUACCUCUUCGUACGCAUGCAGGCGAAUCCGCUAGCGUACGGCAUGACAUGGCAAGAUGUAGCCAUGGAUCCAGGCCUGGUGGCUCGGCGCCAGGCCUUGAUCACCGAAGCUGCUCGGUCUCUGGACCGAGCCAAGAUGAUGAGGUUUGACGAGCGCAGCGGGCAGCUGUAUGUGACUGAACUGGGGCGAGUGGCGAGUCACUUCUACAUCCGAUAUACUUCAGUGGAGACCUAUAACGAGCUGCUGCGACGACACAUGAGCGAGAGCGAGAUUGUGGACCUCAUAGCACGGUCAUCCGAGUUCGAGAACAUAGUGGUGAGGGAGGAGGAGAUGCCAGAGCUCUUCACUCUGCGAUCCAAGUUCUGCCCGCUGGAUGUGAAGGGCGGGCCGGAGGACAAGAUCGGGAAGAUCAACAUUCUCAUCCAGGUAUACCUGUCGCGUGGCUACCUCGACUCCUUUUCGCUCAUCGCCGACACUGCCUACGUCUCGGCCUCCCUCGGCCGCAUCACACGUGCGCUCUUCGAGAUCGCUCUAAAACGAGGAUGGUGCUCCCUUGCGGCCUCCCUGCUGGAGAUGGCCAAGGCAGUGGAUCAGCGCAUCUGGCCUCACCAGCACCCCUUGAGGCAGUUCGAAUCUGUGAUUUCACAAGAGGUACUGUUCAAGCUGGAGGACCGGGGGCUGGAUCUGGAUCGCCUGUGUGACAUGGACGACAAUGAGAUUGCUGCCAUCAUCCGCUCGCCCUAUGCUGCCAAGUUGGUGUCACAGUGUGUCUCCCAGUUCCCCUAUCUGGAGCUCGACGCGCACAUCAGCCCCAUCACCCGCACUGUGUUACAGGUGACUCUUUAUGUGACGCCCACCUUCCAGUGGAAAGAACGAUUCCACGGCAAUGCCCAGCGCUGGUGGAUAUGGGUGGAGGAUAGUGAGAACGAGCACAUCUACCACACGGAGUACUUCAUUCUGUCCAAGAAGAUGAUGGCACAGGGCACUCACACGCUCACCUUCACCAUCCCCAUCUUUGAGCCGCUACCCCCUCAGUACUACGUGAAGGCCAUCUCAGACAACUGGCUCUCCUCCUCCUCCACCCACACCAUCUCCUUCCGCCACCUCAUCCUGCCCGAGCGCCACCCGCCCCACACAGAGCUCCUGAAUCUGCGCCCGCUCCCAGUGACAGCCCUCGGGGAUCCCCAGGCCAUCGGGUUGUACGGCUUUUCACACUUCAACCCCAUUCAGACUCAGGCCUUCCACACGCUGUACCACUCCGACCACAGCGUGCUGCUCGGUGCCCCCACCGGCAGUGGCAAGACCAUCUCGGCUGAGCUUGCCAUGCUCAGGCUUUUCCGCACGCAGCCAGGCAUGAAGGUGAUUUACAUAGCGCCACUUAAAGCCCUGGUGCGAGAGAGGAUGGAGGACUGGGGCAAGAACUUCAUGCCAAAGCUCGGCAAGUGCAUGGUGGAACUAACAGGGGAUCUCACACCAGACAUGAAGCUGCUGGUGGCGGCUGAUGUGAUCGUGGCAACUCCAGAGAAGUGGGACGGCAUCACUCGCAGCUGGCACAACCGAUCAUAUGCGCAGACGGUGGGGUUGAUGGUGAUGGAUGAGAUUCACCUGCUGGGGCAGGACAGAGGGCCAGUACUGGAGGUGAUUGUAUCGAGGAUGAGAUACAUCUCGGCCCGCACCGCCCGCCCCAUCCGCUUCCUCGGCCUCUCCACCGCGCUCGCCAAUGCCAGGGAUCUAGCUGACUGGCUGGGCAUAGAGCGGGUGGGACUGUUCAACUUCAAGCCCAGCGUGCGCCCCGUGCCGCUGGACGUGCACAUCCAGGGCUACCCGGGCAAGUUCUACUGCCCGCGCAUGAACGCCAUGAACAAGCCGCUCUACGCCGCCAUUCUCACCCACUCGCCCGUCAAGCCCGUGCUCGUUUUCGUCUCGUCCCGGCGCCAGACCCGGCUGACAGCGCUCGAUCUCAUUCAAUACGCAGCAGCGGACGAGCGGCCGCGGCAGUUUGUGCACGCGAGUGAGGAGGAGAUGGAGGCGCAUGUAGCCAUGGCAUCAUCAGCAGAGCUGAAGCACACGCUGCAGUUUGGCAUCGGGCUGCACCACGCUGGGCUCACCCAGGGGGACCGGUCGCUGGUGGAGACCCUCUUUGCUGAGAGGAAGAUCCAGGUGCUCGUGUGCACAUCCACACUAGCUUGGGGUGUGAAUUUACCAGCCCAUCUAGUGGUGGUGAAGGGAACGGAGUAUUUCGAUGGGAAGCAGAAGCGGUAUGUGGAGAUGCCAAUCACAGACGUGCUGCAGAUGAUGGGGCGCGCGGGGCGGCCGCAAUUCGACAAUGAGGCCAAGGCGGUGAUUCUCGUGCACGAGCCCAAGAAGAGCUUCUAUAAGAAGUUUCUGUACGAGCCGUUCCCAGUGGAGUCCUCGCUGCACCUGGUGCUGCACGACCAUCUGAACGCGGAGGUGGCGGGGGGCAGCAUAGCCAGCGUGCAGGACGCCAUGGACUACCUCACCUGGACCUUCUUCUUCCGCCGCCUCCUCUGCAACCCCUCCUUCUACGGUCUUUCCGACACCAGCGCUGAGCCUGUCAACGUUUUCCUCUCAGAUCUCGUCAGCCGCACUCUCUCUGACCUGGAUGCUGCUGGCUGCAUCGCGCUGCAUGAGGACGGCAGUGUGGAUCCGCUGCCGCCCGGCCUGAUUGCCUCGCAGUACUACCUGCACUUCACCACCGCCGCACUGUUCACCGCCAAUCUCACUUCGCCGACCGCUGCGGCGGCAGUGACACUAGAGACGGUGCUGCAUGUGCUGUGUGGGGCGGCAGAGUUUGACGAGCUGCCAGUCAGGCACAAUGAGGAGUUUGUGAACGCAGAGCUGGCAAAGCAUGUGCGCUGGAAGGUGGACCAUCGCACCUACGACGACCCGCACACCAAGACCAACUUGCUGCUCCAGGCGCACUUCUCCCGUCUGGCCAUGCCAAUGAGCGACUACGAGACGGAUCUCAAGAGUGUGCUGGAUCAGACCAUGCGAGUGCUACAGGCCAUGAUUGACACCGCUGCUACAGCCGGCCAGCUACAGCCUGCUCUGCUCACCAUGCGCCUCACACAGAUGGUCAUCCAGGCUGUCUGGUGCGACCUUGGCUCGCCCAUAGCCAUGCUGCCACAUGUCACGCCCUCAUUGGAGGACACGCUGUCAGCUGCCAGGCUGGCAUCGCUAUCCGCCCUGCUGUCAGCCUCGCCACAUCACCUCCGCCAGCUCCUCUCCUCCCACCUCUCGCCUGCCGCUCGUGCCGACUUCCUUCAGGCUCUGGGGAUGCUGCCUCGAGUGUCCAUGUCAGUGCAAGUGCUCUCCACGGGCACAGCGGAUGGGGAGAAGACACCUGCAAAGUCCGCAGCGGCAGGAACAGCAGCAGUGGUGGUGGAGGUAUCGCUUCGCCGCGCGCGGCCGCACCAGCCACACUCUCUGCGUGCCUACACGCCCUUCUUCCCCAAGGUGAAGGAGGAGGGGUGGUGGGUGGUGGUAGCAGCAGCAGACUCCCCCACCCUGCUCGCUCUCAAACGUGUCUCCUUCACACACCGACUCACCACCCGCCUGCACGUGCCCGAGCUGCAAUCGUCAGUGAAGCAGCUGGCGGUCCAUCUCAUCUCUGACUGCUAUGUCGGCCUGGAUCAACUCGUCACCCUGUCAACGAAUGCUGCUGUACCUGCUCAAGGGACAAUUGGGCACUAUACCAUUGAGAAUGUCGGAUUUACCAUGGCUGCUUCAGCUGCUGCUGCUGCUGGGGAGAAGAAGGGGAAUGUGCUGGGAGGAGGUGCGGUGAGUGAGGGGCAUCAGGAUGCGGUGAAGUUGCCAGGAGGAGGUGAUGGAGGUGAGGGGAACAAUGAGUGGGUUGUGGAGGAUGAGGAGGAAGAUGAGUUCUUUGAAGCAGAAGGGUAG